GUCAAAAAUCAAAAUGGCAUAUAAAUGUAAAUAAACAAAGAUCCAACAAUCCAAAUAUAAACUUUCAAUACUUGCAUAAAAAUUGUAAUAUUCAAUAAAAAUUAAUAAUAUCAUUGAAGGAGUUUCAUUUCUACCUGAUUAAAGUGUAAAAAAGUGUAUUGAAAAUGCCUGCAGCUGUGCAAGAAAAAUCCACUGACCAUUCAGAGCAAAUGUGGAAGGGCUUGAAGGCCCACAUCAUACGCGAAAGGGCUAGGAAAAGGCAAGAGAGGGAACAAGAGGUCGAAGAGGAACGUCUUAGGAAAGAACGAGAAGCCAGAGAGCAGCAAGAUGUGAUGACUCUAGGAGAGACAAGAGAACAGAUUUCACAGCUGGAAGCAAAGCUCACACAGCUCAAGGAAGAAAAACACCAGUUGUUCUUACAGCUCAAAAAGGUCCUCAACGAAGAUGAUAACAGGAGAAGACAGAAAGAAAACAGCGAAAACAUGAUUGCCCUGCAAUCCCUGCCGCCCUCCACUAUGAUCCACCAGCAGCUCUACAUCCAGCAGCAGCCUCAGCAGCAGCAGCCCCAGCAGCAGCAGCAGCAACCGCAGCAGCAGCCGCCCCCGCAGGCCGCCCGAUGCGCCCCCAUGGGGCAGGGCCCGCCCCAGCAGGCCUUCAAGCCGGCCAAGCGGCCGAGGAGCCCCAGCCCGCCGCCGCAGGUGCCCGUCUCUAUGUACCACGGGUACGGGUACAAGCCGGCGCCUGCUGGGUACCAGGGUUCUCCGCAGAAAGAUGAUGGUAGACGUAAUGAGUUAGUACGAGCAGUACUAUGGAACAAAACGCCCCAGUACAGCACGCAGCCGAGCGCCUUUUAUCCUGUGGCGCCACAGGAGCUGCCCAUCUACUACCCGCUGCCCCGCGAGCCCGGCAUGCAGUCCGGCCGGGCGGUGUACGAGACACAAAGGCCGCCCGCGUUCCAUCUCGAGCCCAAGAUGCCGGAGCACUACGCGCUGCGGGCGGCCGGCUCCCACGGGGGCCACGUGAUGCACCCUGGGGGCAUGACGAUCAGCCAGCAGGGACAACCCAAAGGUGGUAGUAUAACUGCUGGAUACCCUGUACGAAGUCAGCCUCAGUACCAACCUGCUCCACCUACUUCGUUGUACACAGGCCAAACUAGGCCUCUGUAUCAGUCUUCUGGAGCACCAUUGAAUUACCCACCUAGAGAUUAGGAAAACAAAAUGAAAAUUCUAGAAAGAAAACAGUUUUUCUUUUCAGUUUCUCGAUGAUUUUAUGGAAUUGUGAUAUUUUGCAAUUCAACGUGAAUUGAUAGUAAUAUUGAAUUGAUUAUGAUGACAUUUUUAAUAUUUUUUUUAUGUAAUAUAUGAGUUUUUCUAUAGGUAUAAAUGGUGAUAUGAUGCUAUUGUAUUUUGAUGGUAGGCAUGACUAUUAUUUCUAUAGUUGAUGAUGUAUAAUAGAAUG